AUGGCUUCAAAUACGAACACCUCCCCGAAACCCAAGAUCGAUCUCUCCCAAAAGCUGUCAGAACUGCGAGUAGCCAGAUCGAAAACACAAUCCCCUAGAGACCCAGCUCCCGUCACCCCUCCGCUCUUAAACCCGCCAGACCUAUCCUCCCACACCUACUCACCUCCUGUCCGCCGAAUUCUCUCAAAAACCGACCAUGAAACAUUUCUCUCCUCGCCGACAUAUACCCUCGUUCUCGCCUUCAUUUUUGGCCUCUCCGACUCGGUGCGGGGCCGCGCAGCGCCAGAUGCCGACGCAGAAGGCAACAUUCCACCCCACAUCAACAAAAUACUCUCAGUAGUAGACAGCAUCCGCACGCUCGUCGAGAGACAUCCGUCCAUCGAUCAAGGCGGCUCCCGAUUCGGUAACCCCGCCUUCCGUGACCUGUUCGACGACGUCGCCGCCCAGAGCUCGGUUUGGCACCGAGAUAUUCUAGGAAUCCAAAACGAAGCGGCUGUCAAGGAGAUAUCCACAUACCUGAUCCACUCGCUGGGGUCAAGAGAUAGACUGGACUAUGGAUCUGGGCACGAGCUGAACUUCAUGAUGUGGCUGCUGUGUCUGCGCCAACUAGGUCUGUUUUCAAAGCCGGACUUUGAGACGAUCGUGUUUCGCGUCUAUGUUCGGUAUAUGCGGCUCAUGCGGGAUGUGCAGUCGACAUAUUACCUUGAGCCUGCUGGAUCACACGGUGUCUGGGGUCUGGACGAUUACCACUUUCUACCGUUUUUGUUUGGCGCGGCGCAACUUGUUGCACAUCCGUACAUCACGCCGUUAGCAAUUCAUAAUACCGCUAUUCUCGAUGAAGAGGGGGAUCGAUAUCUGUACCUCGACCAGGUGCGGUGGGUUGAUAGUGUCAAGACAGUCAAGGGGUUGCGGUGGCAUAGUCCCAUGCUGGAUGAUAUUUCCGGCGCGAAGAACUGGUCUAAGAUUGAAAGCGGUAUGAAGAAAAUGUUUGUCAAAGAAGUCCUAGGGAAGUUGCCUAUCAUGCAGCACUUUCUGUUUGGAAGCUUGCUACCCGCUGAACCGGGCAUGGGUGAGGGUGCUGAAGAGGGCGACGAACAUUCACAUGGGCAUGGCGAUGGCCAUGUACACGACCACAGUCAGCAUACUGACUGGUUCGGCGAUUGUUGCGGGAUCAAAGUGCCGAGUACUGUGGCUGCUGGGCAAGAGAUGCGGAAGCGGAUGGGUGGGAGCUCAGGCCUGCGUCCAAUUCCUUUUGAUUAG